AUGCGUGCAGGCACGUUUAAAGCGCCCGCCACAGGUCCUCAGCUCCAGCGGGAAGAGAGUCCCGCUGCCUCGCCCGACCCCGAGCCUCCGAGCGUCCCGGUCCCCGACAGCAACCGCGAGGGCGCGAGCGUGUCUCCAGGACGCCAGGAGCGGCGGCCCCCGGGGCCCUGCGUGCCGCCCGGGCUGGCGGAGGCGCUGAGCGCGCUGGGACUGGCGGGAGAGCGCGAGUACGCUGGGGACAUCUUCGCCGAAGUCAUGGUGUGCCACGCGCUGCCCCGGAGGGCCCUGCCCCGCGCUGUGACCCCGGAGAUGCGCGCGCUCGUGGUGGACUGGCUGAUCCAGGUGCACGAGUACCUGGGCCUGGCGGGGGACACGCUCUACCUGGCGGUGCACCUGCUCGAUUCCUACCUGCGCGCCGGCAGAGUGCGCCUCCAUCGCCUGCAGCUGCUGGGCGUGGCCUGCCUGUUCGUGGCCUGCAAAAUGGAGGAAUGCGUGCUUCCCGAGUGUGCCUCCCUCUGCCUCCUGGGCGCUGGCUCCUUCUCGCGGGCCGAGCUCCUGCGCGCAGAGCGCCGCAUCCUGAGCCGCUUGGAUUUCCGGCUGCACCACCCGGGCCCGCUACUCUGCCUCGGGCUCCUCGCCGCGCUAGCCGGGAGCAGCCCCCAGGUGACGCUCUUUGCCACCUAUUUUCUGGAGCUGUCUCUGCUGGAGGCCGAGGCAGCGGGAUGGGAGCCGGGUCGGCGCGCAGCUGCGGCGCUGAACCUGGCGCAUCGCUUGCUCGACGGGGCGGGCUCCGGCCUGGAGCCGGCGCUUUACAGGUAUGGCUCCAGGGACCUACAUUCCUGGUCAGUCUUUAUUUUUUUACUUAAAAAAAAUUUUUUUUUUAAUGUUUAUUUUUGAGAGAGACAGAGACAGAAUGCGAGUGGGU